AUUGUUAUGGCUGUCGGGACAAAUACUGCGCGGCAAUAGCCGAAUGGGGGCUAGCUGUACUCUGUAGGCCGCAUUUUCUGGAAAAGUAAGUGUUUUUGUUACUUAUUGCAUUCACCCGAAAUAUUUUGGUAUUUUCCCUGCCGAUUUGUUUUGCGUAUGGCUCUUAUUUCGUCUCUUUUUCUGAGAACUCGCAUGAGUUGACUGCGUCAUGAACGCCGCAACGCCCACCAAUUGGCUAUUUACUGAAAUUGAUGCGCGUAAUUUAAGCUCUGCGAUGGUAUAAAUCAUCAUCCUGUAAAGAUGACUUGAUAUAAAAUUAUGGACCUUAACGCACUGACCAGUAGAUUAAUAUGGCAGCGGCCUGAUUAUGAUUAUUUAGGUGGUGAACUAGCGUAAUCUGAGUGAUGCCCCAUCUCAAAGGUAACCUUUCUCUGACCUUUUCCACAUUUUCUGAGUAAGGACCAUUUUCUGAUCAUACACAACCAAUUAUAAGGUAAAUUAAAACCCUUUUACUGAAAUUUAUCUCCAUAUGCCAGAUGCCUUCAUAGUCAUAGGCCAAUUGUCAUGUGCUCUUUGCAAGUGAAUUUCAAGAGCCUUGCUCAAAUCGUGCCAGGUGCCAUGAUAUCACCAUCCAUCCAAAGGGUCGAGUGCUGAAAAUGACAGUUGAACGAGUAUUUACUUUUUUUAGUGUGUGCAUGAAAUCUCUGAAACGAGCAUAUUUCUUACCAUUUCUAUUUAAAUACUGGCACAUGACAUGUGUGCCAGUAUACAAAUAACAAGCAUUCAAGCUCAUGAAAUAUUUGUGUCAGAGGUUCCACACACUGCAUCAUUUUUAUAGAAAAGGAAAAAACUAAUUUUUGUGGGUGUUGUAGCCUGCAGAUGCUGCUUCUCUCGCAAAUAAAUGUUUUCACAUAUAUAAAUAUACGAGGAAACUUGUAUAUUUACUAGCAGCUACCAUAAAAAUAGCAUGAAGGUUGGAUAAUGUUUCUUAGAGAAACGAGAAAGGUCAUAGGUACAUACUCUCCCUAUAAUUAUUACAGUAAAUGACUGAAAAUUCUGAGAAAGAAUUGAGUUUUUUUUUAUAAAUGAGAGCACUUUUAUUUUAAAAGACAUUCAUCAAAUUUAAUCCAUAAUUCUGCUAUAGCCAAAUGAUAUUUAUUACAUACACAGAAGAUAAAGAGGAUGUUUUUUUUUAAAGAAAUUUUGUUCAAACCGAUGAAUGGGUGGCUAUGGGCCCGGGUGCCCCGCUAAGCAGUGCUUGUUGAGUAUGACACCACGGACACACCACCCCGCCUUGCCCGCGCCCGGUUCACCGGGCUGCUGAAUAGUCGACAAAUCAUUUGGUUGAAGGUCAGUCAAACUGGUUAAUUGUAUUUCUCACUUUCAAUCGGCAGACUAUCAAGCACCUAUUGUAUGUGUUGUUGUCUCGCUGGGUGAAGAUGAGCCUGGUGUGGCGCCGUGCGGUCUGCGCCACUGCUCGGACAUGUUCAGCGAUGGCUCAGCAUAAGACCCUCUGCACGGCUCGGCCAGCCCUAGUCAAACAGAUCGUCUGCGCCGAGGAGGGCAAUGUGACCGUCAUCCAGGGCCGAGUUAUGCCCUCGCCGCGCGAGAAUCGUGUGGUACAGACGGGUGGAAGCACAUGUGCCUGUCCACUCUGCCAGCUCCACCUGGACAUCAAGCACACGGACGUUCUCAUCCUGAGCCAGUUUCUGCGCUCGGACGGCUGCCUGCUGCCGCGGCGCGUCUCGGGCGUGUGUCGGCUGCAGCAGCGGCGCGUUCAGCAGCUGGUGGCCAUGGCCCAGAAGGCAGGGCUGAUGCCCAACCUAGCGCCUAGUUCGAGCAAACGGGACCCUAGGCGCCGGUUUGGCUAUAAGAAAUUUAACAAGUACUACGAUGAGUCGACUAUCCGGGACGUUCAGCCCUUCUCCAGCGCCAUGUCUGCGCGUUGACUGCCAGCUGCCGGCUCCCAGCCCUGAGGCCGCUCACGGCGCUCGCCAGCCGAGGGAGCGCGUGGCCGGCGCAGAUGCAGUGGCCCCGUGUCCAAGUGUGUGCGACCUUUUGUGUCUGUGUGAAUAAAUUGUGAUCCCUGUU